CACUCUCUGAGGCUAACAUGCUACCGUUUCUGUUGACCAAAACCUAAAGCGGAGUGAAGCACCAGAGCCUGUGUGGAUGGAUAAACGUGUUCAAAGCGGAGCCCUUUUAAAGGAAAGAGGGGCUCUCUGAAGGGCCCUGGUUCAAAGUGGACUUUGUGGAAACUUUGGUUUCGCCUCAGACUCAUCUCCUGUUAGCCACGAAUGCUAACUGAAGUUAGCUUAGCUUGCUAGCUGGAAAUAGACGGAACUCGGCCACACAGCGCUGGUUGGAGGAACUCUGAGUCCAAACUGUGUUUUUCAUUUGUUUAAAAUGUCUAAAGUCCAGAUGCUGAGAGGUUUUAUCAACCAGCGACUAACUGCGGCUGCUGAAGAGAUAUUUGGGCUGUUUGAAAGAACGAUAUCAGAGUACGAGGAGGAACUCUGUCGUUCCAAAGAGGAGAACCAGAGACACAGGAAACUACUGGACGCUGUUUUCCAGCCUGAAGUCCGGUUACACAGAGCAGGCGUCCAGCAGCUGUUGGUGAGUAAAGAAGAGGUUCCCCCUGAGCAGCAGCAGCAGUGGAGCCACAGGCUGGACCAGAAGGACCCACCAGAGCCGCCACACAUUAAAGAGGAACAGGAGGAGCUCUGGACCAGUCAGGAGAGAGAGCAGCUUCCAGGACUGGACGAGGCUGAUCUCACCAAGUUCCCAUUCACUCUUGUCCCUGUGAAGAGUGAAGAAGAUGAUGAUGAGAAACCUCAGUCCUCACAGCUUCAUCAAAGCCAAACUGAAGAGAACAGAGAUGCAGAUCAUUUGAACUCUGACUGUGCUACAAGCUUUGGCCACAAUGAAGAUCUGCAGAAACACAAAACAACCGAAACAGGAGUGAACCAAUUUAGUUACUCAGUUUGUGGUAAAAGAUACCUCAUGAAAAAAUCUUUAAUGACUCAUAUGAGAUUUAAUUUGGAAGGAAAACAUUUCUGCUGCUCAGUUUGUAAAAAAACAUUUAAAUGGAGAGCAGAUCUUGAGACACACAUGAGAAUGCACACAGGGGAGAAACCAUUUAGCUGUUCAGUUUGUGGUAAACAAUUCUCAAUAAAGGGAAAUCUCAGACAACACUUGACAGUCCACAGAGGGGAGAAACCAUUUAGUUGUUCAAUUUGUGGUAAACAAUUUGCUAAAAAGGCAUCUCUGACUCAACACUUGACUCUCCACACAGGGGUGAAACCAUUUAGUUGUCCAGUUUGUGGUAAAACAUUUGCACGAAAGGAUAAUCAGAGACAGCACUUGAAGUUCCAUUUAGAAGAGAAACCAUUUAGUUGUUCAGUUUGUGGUAAAGGAUUUACUCAAAGAGCAACUUUGAGUCAGCACGUGAUCCUCCACACUGGGGAGAAACCGUUCAGUUGUUCAGUUUGUGGUAAAAUAUUCGCACUAAAGGGAAAUCUGAGGCAACACUUGAACGUCCACACAGGGGAGAAACGAUUUUGUUGUUCAGUUUGUGGUAAACAAUUUGCACAAAAGGGAAGUCUGAGUCAACACUUGACUCUCCACACAGGGGAGAAACCGUUUACUUGUUCAAUUUGUGGUAAAACGUUUGCACGAAAGGGAGCUCUUAGUCGACACUUGACGCUCCACACGGGGGAGAAACCAUUUAGUUGUUCAAUUUGUGGUAAAACAUUUGCACGAAAGGAUAAUCAGAGACAGCACUUAAAAUUCCACACAGGGGAGAAACCGUUCAGUUGCAGUGUAUGUGAUAAAAGAUUCACUCGGCUCGAUAAACUCAAAACACACAAGUGUGUCGGUGAGAACAGUGGAAUAAAUGAAGCUGUCUGUUGAGGUGUUUUUCCAGUGGGAUUGAAGCACUGAGGGCAGGACUCUUAACAGUGAUCAGCACAUGGUCAUUCAAUUCUGUUUUUCUUUCAGUCAAAAUAAUUUAUUUGUUUCCUGUGCGCUGUGCUUUUUGGUAUUUUGUUUUCUUGGUAUGUAAUCAUUGAUGUGCAGUUGUGUGUUAGUCUUUGGACAAACUUUGAUUGGACACAAUUCAACAGCUGAGUUGUGGAUUUACCCAGUUGCCUUAAAAGGAGGGGUUCAGAUUUUUCAAGUGGAUCUUUGUACAAUACUCCAUGCCAUAUGUAGAGAGUUAUUUGUUGCUGUAAUCAUUCUCCAAGUGGGUUUCUUCAUCCUGGGACUUGUGUUGUGGCACCAAGCCUCCAAUUGACUACCAAGACAUAUCCAUCCGCCCCGGCUCAGCAAGGAAAAGGUCUGGUGAAACAGAAAGAGGGAAUUUUGUGCAAAAAAGAUCCCCACUUGAUUUGUGUAACUCUGACUGAUGAAGCCUCCGAUCAACUUUACCUGAACUCCAGGAUACAUUCUUUCACAGAGCGAGUUGUAGUUUUGUACUAUUUCUGUUUCAGAAUCAGAAAUAAUAGUUUGGACGUGUUUGUGCUUGAUACUAUCAGUCUAUCUAAAAUAUACAAUAUUGUCACCAAAUCUGUGUCCAGACAUGUUUAUAAUGAGGCUUUCAAUUGUCUAAUAUUUUAUUGGAAAGAGAUUAAAAUGGCCCACACUAUUCGACAUUUUGAACUAAUAAUUUUAAAAUGCUUUAAGUCUGGCAAAAUAUCAUCUAUUUGGUUUAAAUCAUAAUCUUAAAUCUAACGCAAUACGAAAAAAGCCCACCGUGAGGACCCAAGAAUGCCAUUAAAUUAGAGAUCCGCCUAAUGAGCACAGUCUACACAAUGUACUCUAUAACGAGAGAAGAGUAAAUCUCUUCAAGUCUUAAACAUAUCUUUGUAUCGCCUGUGAUUACAAUGGAUAGAAUUAGCAAAAACCAACAUAUGCAUGUUUUAUUGAUAUAGACUUAAUGAAUGUGGGGUGAAAAGAGUCUAUAAGACUAAACAGAGUUAAAUAAUCCCACAGAGUGUGUAAAAUGACAUGAGUAUUACACAAACUGAUUCUCAACUUCAUCGGGGGUGAAACGAUGUCAUGCUUUAUCCCCCAUGUUGUUUGCCAUUUAUAUAAAUGAUUCGGCCAAAUAAAUCGAAGCUUUGAAUUGUGA